UUUGCAUUCACGAACAUGGCACCUCCUCUCUCUCCACCUUCUCCGCGUUCCAUCUGAUAUUUUUCUCUGUUCUUUUUUUUUUUUUUUCAAGAAAAAAACUGCAAACACAAACAGACCGUACUAGUCUAAAUAUUAUCUUUACCUUAGCGAUCCACAGAAUUAUUGAAUACACGAGAAAAACCCCAGUCCUUCUCCUCUUUAACGUCUUCUUCAACCGCUACUUGACAGCAGUGAUCAUUGUGCUCGACGAUCUUAUCAUUAAAGUAGCAGUAGAAAUAAUUUUCCAAUGUUCGGGUUUAAUUACGUUUGCUGAUAUUGAUGAAGCAUUUUCGUCGAUGCUCGAGGAUUUUGAUCCUCUCCUUGCUCGUCGUUACUGUCUUCAUUCCAAUCGGUUUACUUUCUCAUCGACUGAAGCACCUCAACGCCGACGCUUCCGGAGGAUUUGAAGAUUUGUCGAUAAUUAAACACAGGACAGAGGCUCAAAAACUUAGUGCAAUUAAAGAGGAUGACAAUGAAUUUGUUAAAGUGCCAGUUCAAGAGGUUUACAAAUACUCAGAUCAUAUUUCUGCUGUUAGUUUGAGCUCUCCUGGCGAGAACAAUAGUCUUAGUGAUCCAGGAAAUGGUGUAGGUGUCACUUAUUUGUCAGAAAGAAAUGGAACCAGUGAUGAAGCAAAAGAAGAUUAUCAUCAAAGUCAAGAGGAGAAGUCACUGUCAGGAGUUAAGGAUCGAUCAACACCAACAAGGAUCCAACAACAUCAGACUGUUCAAGUCGGUUCUCGAAGGGUACAUGAUGAGAAGGUGAAACAGAUGAAAGACCAGGUGAUUAGGGCUAAGGCAUACCUAACCUUUGCUCCGCCCAAUAGCAACUCUCAUUUUAUAAAAGAGUUGAAAUUGCGAAUUAAGGAGUCGGAAAGAGCAAUUGGUGAUUCCACCAAGGAUUCUGAUUUGUCUAAGAGGGCAUUGCAGAAGAUGAAAGCCAUGGAUGCUACCUUGCUAAAAGCAAGUCAGCUUUACCCUGAUUGCUCUGCCAUGGUGAAAAAACUCCGUGCCAUGACUCACAAUGCUGAAGAACAAGUUCUGACACUGAAGAAUCAAACAACAUUUCUUGUUCAGCUUGCUGGAAGGACUACCCCAAAGGGCCUGCACUGCCUCUCCAUGCGGUUGACUGCUGAAUAUUUUAGCCUGCAGUCUGACGAGAGGGAGCUCCCUAACCAACAUAAAGUCCAUGAUCCAAAUCUCUUUCACUUUGCUGUUUUUUCAGACAAUAUUUUGGCUUCUGCAGUGGUUGUCAACUCAACUGUUUCAGUUGCUAGGGAACCAGAGAAGGUCGUUUUUCAUGUAGUGACAGAUUCUCUUAACCUCCCAGCAAUGUCAAUGUGGUUCCUGUUAAAUCCUCCUGGGAAAGCAACAGUCCAGGUCCAGAAUGUGGACAACUUUGAAUGGUUAUCGACCAGAUAUGGUGCUGUUUUGCAGAAGCAAGACUCCCUUGAUUCAAGAUAUACUUCUGCGCUGAACCACCUUCGUUUUUAUCUUCCAGAUAUUUUUCCUUUCCUGAAAAAGAUUGUGCUUCUUGAUCAUGAUGUGGUCGUGCAAAGGGAUCUAACUGGUCUUUGGAGUUUAAACAUGAAAGGUAAAGUUAAUGCUGCUGUGGAGACUUGUCAGGAAGGCGAGCCUUCUUUCCGUAGGAUGGACAUGUAUAUUGACUUCACACAUCCCCUGGUGGCCCAAAGGUUUGAUGCAAAUGCAUGCACCUGGGCAUUUGGGAUGAACGUGUUUGAUCUGCAAGUAUGGAGGAAACGGAAUUUAACUGGGGUCUAUCACAAGUACCUGCAUUUGGGAAACAAGAGGCCAGUGUUUAAAGCUGGUAGUUUGCCCAUUGGUUGGAUGACUUUCUACAAACAGACAACAGCUUUAGAGAAGAAAUGGCACAUUCUUGGGUUGGGUUACGAUUCUGGUGUCAGGUUGAGUGACAUUGAACAAGGAGCUGUUAUUCAUUUUGAUGGAAUAAUGAAGCCAUGGUUGGAUAUAGGUCUUGAUAAGUACAAGCAGUUUUGGAAGCGCCACGUCCUGUACGAUCAUCCGUACCUCCAACAGUGCAACAUCCAUGCGUAACCGGAUAUCACACAUUAAGUUCUGACCGUCUUUCUUAAUCACGUGAUUUGCUUCACAAAAGGAUACAGGUCCCCAAUUCUUUCUUAAUUCUUUCAUUUUAGCCUUGUAGAUUUGAACUCUAUUUUGUUUUUCCAGGCUAUAAUUUUAGAGAAUUGAGAGUAGUUGAGCAAUAAUAGGAUCCAAAAUUUUUUUGUCUUGGACAACUUGUGUAUAUAGCUGAUUCUUAAAACGAUAUCACGUUCAUUGCUUCUGAA